AUGGAUGAUCAAUAUCGAAGUGGAUUUAAUCUCGAGGAUAAUGCGCAGCAGGGAACAAAGUAUUUCUCUUUUAAUUUGUUUGCUAAAACUAUUGAAGCAUUUAUGGACGUCUCUUUCGAAGGUGUAUUAAGGCUUAUCUAUACAAAACAUAGCGAGAACUGGAAAACUUUCUGGGAAGCCCCAGCGGCAAAGAAUCCAUGUGACAAGUAUGGAGCAUGUGGGCCUUUUGGGGUUUGCAAAUCUUCUGAAUCUCCAAUCUGCAAGUGUUUGAAAGGGUUCGUGCCGAAGUCACAUGAGGAAUGGAGCAGAGGAAACAGGGCAGAAGGAGAAGAGUGCAAGAUACAAUGCCUAAGUAAUUGCUCUUGCCUGGCUUACGUGUAUGUUGACAACAUCGGAUGUUUGAUCUGGUCCAAUGAACUAAUAGAUAUUCAGGAGUUUUCAUCUAAUGGAGAAGAUAUUUUUAUUCGCCUCCAACACACAAAAUCUGGUCAAGGAAAGCGAACAAAGUUAAUUGCCGGCCUCUCGGCUAUUUGUUUUAUCAAUUUCUUGGUUGCCAUAGUGUACGUUUUUCACAGAUUGCAAGCUAACCGAAGGGUUGCCAAAUUAGGAAACAUCAAGGCAACAGCAAAGUUUGAACAUACUGAUCUGAAUGAAAAUUCAAGUGGCGGCACUGUUCAAGAAUAUAUAAGAGAACAUGAGCGGUCGGAGCUAUUCCUCUAUAGGUUUGACAGCAUAUCAAUUGCUACGAACAAUUUCAGCAUCCCAAACAAACUCGGGGAAGGGGGAUUUGUGUUGGAAUCCAAAGCUCCGAUUGCUAGAGGGCUUCUUUAUCUCCUUCACGAUUCGUGUCUAAAGGUAAUCCAUAGAGAUUUGAAGGUCAGUAACAUUCUCUUGGAUGAGAAUAUGAAUCCAAAGAUUUCAAAUUUUGGAUUGGCACGUAUUGUUGAAGGGACACAAAAUCUAGAGAAUACUCACAAGGUUGUGGGAACACGGGGCUAUAUGGCUCCGGAGUAUGCCAUGGGCGGUAUACAUUCUGAAAAAUCUGAUGUCUAUAGCUUUGGCGUUGUGCUGUUGGAGAUUCUUAGCGGGAUGAAGAAUACCAGCUUUUAUCACCAUGAAAAACAGCUCGGCUUCCUAGCAUAUGAGCAGGUGGUCGAUAGGCCUCUAAUGCCAUCUGUGGUUUUCAUGCUGAGCAGUCCAGAUGCAACAAUGCCCCAGCCAAAAAGCCCAAGCCCUGGUUUUUGGCUAGGAAGGAAUGCAGGUCAAACAGAUUUGUCGUCAUUCUCAAGCAAUCCGGGAGAACCACUUUCCGAUUCUGUAAACAAGUCACGAUAA